CUCGGUUGUAAACAAACCAGAUUCUUCAUUAAAGGAGAUCAGUCAAUCGCGUCCAGGCAGGGUUUCAAGACCGAAUAUGAGUUGAUAUUUUUAAAAGUGCUUAUGCUAGCUGCGUCCCGUGGAAGCUGGCGAGUGAGGGAAGGAAGUGUGAAGGAAGUAUUGUCUGCUAUCGAAGGGGGCUCGUAACGUGAAUAGGUUGCAAACAUGUGGAAGCUGUUGAUUCUUCACUCCUUAAUGAUAUACAGUGUGUCUGAGGCAUCGAGAGGAGACACUUCCAAUGAAUACACUGGUUGUUACCAUGUUUGUCAUUUCAAUACAUGUUCUUCAAGUAGAGGACGAGCGCAGUACGAAUCCACACAGAGCCUGAGUGAGAGAGUCCUGCAGUGGACGUGUGAUGAUGAGUGCAAGUACAACUGCAUGUGGCACACGACGGAGAUAUUUGUUAGCAAGGGGCUAGAGAUUCCUCAGUUCUUUGGCAAGUGGCCAUUUGUGCGAGUUUGGGGCAUGCAAGAACCGGCUGCUGUGUUAUUCUCCAUCUUUAACCUCUUUGCGCAUAUUAUCAGUCUACAUAAAUUCCGCCAAGCUGUGCCCUCUAUCGCUCCACUAUAUAAGUUUUGGCAUGUCCAUGCGUUGAUAUGCAUAAAUGCCUGGCUGUGGUCAGUGGUGUUCCACGCUCGGGAUACUCCGUGGACAGAGCGAAUGGAUUACUUCUCGGCCUUUUCUAUGGUUCUCUUUUCUCUUUUCGGUCUCCUUGUGAGACUAUCGGGACCACACCACUGGAAGAGGAAGGAAAUCCUCGGCCUAGUUUGCAUCCUGUUCUUCACUUACCACGUUUGGUAUCUCACUCGAGGGAGAUUUGACUACGGGUACAACAUGAAGGUCAAUAUUCUUGUGGGUAUCUUGAACGGAUGCGGAUGGAUAGCUUGGGGCGUUCCUCGUUCCAACAGGCCUCAUGUCAGAUGGUGCAUACUGACCGUCAUUGGUGCUGUGGCCUCGAUGCUGCUGGAGCUGGGAGAUUUUCCUCCUUUCUUCUGGGCUGUUGAUGCGCAUGCACUGUGGCACUUGGCAACAGCACCGCUCCCCUUCAUGUGGUACAAAUUCUUGGAAGGAGACUGCAAUUUCCUCCUGAGAGGGAAAGCGUUUGACUAUAGAAAGCAAAUUUAAUAUUCAGUUAUUGCUAAGUGUGUUGUUAUUACAAUUUACUAGGAGAAUUGAAUGACUUGAAAUGUUGAUAAUGUCCAAGAUUUUAGUUUUUCAGAAGGUUUGUACUUUUAUCGAAUUUUUUGUGUCCACAUUUCACGUCAGUAUGUAGGGAAUUGUAGCUCUUUUCCUGUAUUUUGUGAUGCUAUGACAAACAUGUUCAAAAAAGAAAUUCCAUGGGUAUUUUUGUUGUGAAUUUUCUACUUAAUGACUUCAAAAAACUGUACUUACAUAAGCAAAGAUAGACCUCAAGAACAAAUUAUAUAAAAUUGAUUGUUAUUAUAUUGUUUUGUGUUUUUGUUACUGAUGUAUCUAAAAAGAGUUUAUUAGUUGAUAUAAGUGAAUAUAUGUGUGUAUAGAUGUAUGUAUGUAUAACUGUAUGUGUAUAACUGUAUGUGUGUAUACAUGUGUAUAUUUGAGAAGAAAACCUAUGGCUUUAGAUAAUGUUUUUUGCCAACUAUUCAUGGCGAAUGGGGUAGGUGUAAGAAAGUAUAUAGAAAUUCAGAUUCAAAACAGUAUUUUCAAGUAUCACCAGAUUUCCAUUCACAAUUCAGCAGUAUUUAUUGCAGAUUGAUUGAUUAAUUAUAUAGAGAUUUAAUGCACUGGUUGUUUAUGAAUAUCUUGGAUAACCAAUUUUCCCUUAAAGGAAAAGUCUUUGUUAAUGCAUAGUAUUUACAUAAGCUAGAUAAGUAUCUGAUAGUAUAUUCAUCACAUAUUUCCACUUCAAUAUUGCUAUAGUGUAUAUACACAGUGUAUGAUAAUCAUAAAUCUAUGUUGAAAGUAUAUUAAAGUGUUGUCUUUUACAUAGUAUAUAUUGUAGAUGUCUUGUUGUACCUUCCCAUGUAUAUGUUUGCUUGAUAUGUUAUAGGUUUGUGGUCGUUAUAAUCUGUUUAUAGUUACGUUUAUUUGAUAUGGGUAACACUGAACUUUAUAUCCCAUAAUUAUAUGUACAAAUGAUAGAUGUUGUAUUACUGCUAGACAGUUGAAACAUUUCCCUUGUGUUGUCAAUUCAUUAUUUGUUGUAUUGUGUUGGUUGUAUGAUGACAUGGAUAUAUUACAGAGAUGUUGUAUUGUAUUUUGCAUAAAUUUGUUAAGCCUUUAAGAAUAAAAGCAAUUUAUGCAGUUCAA